AAUGCCGACCGGGUGCUGGUCGACCUGGCCGACGCUAUGCUGCGCGUAGAGGGGCUCAAACGAGCUUAUACCCGCAAGUCUGAAGAGGUAAGGAGAAGCAAACGGGCUGUUGAUGACGCCCAUAAUGUUGCUGACUACUCUUUGUACAUGCAUGGCUUAGAAUCUAAAUCUAUACGCAUGGAACAGGCGGAGAAGACCAAGGCCCUCCAACAGCAGAUUGAUCAACUGAAAAACCAAGUUGACCAACUGCAGGCGUCCCUGGAUGAUGCCAAUAAAAAGUUGGAGGAACAGAAAGAGCCCCUCCAACGGCUGAGCAAGGCGGAGACUGAAAAUGGCCGCCUUGCCAAAGAGAAUGAGCGCCUGCGCAAAGAGGCGGCUGCUGCCAAUGAGAACUUCAAGGCCACCUUGGAGGCGGAGCAGGAUAGGCUCAUUGAGGAGAAUGAGCUUGAUUGUGCAAACCGGAUGCGACGGGCGUUUUCCCUCAUCCACCCGGAGGCGGACUUCACCGUCUGGGAACUCGCCUUCAAAUAUUCUGAUCUUGCCAUUCUGGCCGAGGAGGCGAAUGAGCCGGGACCCGGACCCUAUGACGCUUGGGUUGGGGAGGAGAUUGCGCGACGGCAGGCGGAGGCUGCUGAAGAGGAAGUUGUUCCUGAAGCCGACGUAGCCGCUCACCCUGAUCCAACCCAGAACCAACCGGAAGAGGACCGGUUCACUGUUCGCCUGGAGUAGCAACUACCUCCCGGCCUGCGCGCCUUGCAUUAUCUUGUAAUAGCGCCGGAUGAGAUGGGCUAAGCUGUAAUAAUUUUUAUUUUGAAUAUUAACAUUUUCACCGGCUGAGCCGGCUUUUGAAUGCACUCUGUUUUUCACACUUGGCUUUUGAAUGCUUUUUAUGUUUCUGCACUUCAAUACUAGAAUUCUUGUUAUUUUUUUAUUUUUUUAUACAUAUUUCUGCGAGGAUAACCAAAAGAACCCCGCCGGUAACACUACCGCUUGGGUCUUCACAAACAGCGAAGAAAUUUGCAAGGGUUGCCAAGAGGACCCCACCGGUAACACUGCCGUCUGGGUCUUCGCAAACUAGGC